UUUGAGAGCUCCCAGAUACGACCCAAUGUGGCGUGCGCAUAACCCUUCUCCCUUUAUUUGUGUCAGACAGUCAGUGAGUGUAUCAGCGAGAUGGCGAAGGCAGACGAUCGCAGCGACCUGGAAAAAGAUCUCUUCGAAGAAAUUAGUCAUGGAAAGGUUUCAAAGGUGAAAGAAAUUGUGAGCAGUGGUAAAGUUCGUGUUGACUGCCUAGAAGAGCAUGGUAUGACACCACUGCAGAAUGCUGCAUUCAAAGGAAAUAAAGAAUUAUGUGAGUUACUUCUUGCCCAUGGUGCAGAUGUCAAUAGCAACGAACAUGAGAACGGAUAUACCACGUUGAUGUUUGCUGCGUUGGCAGGAAGUAUUGAAUGCUGCCGAGUACUUUUGGAAGCAGGUGCCAAGACCAGUUCAAUUAACAGUGUUGGGAGAACAGCAACUCAGAUGGCAGCGUUUGUAGGGCAGCAUUCCUGUGUUAGUUUGAUUAAUAAUUUUUUUACAAAAGAAGACUUAGACUACUACACAAAACCUCAAGGGUUUGAAAAAGAAGGCAAACUUCCUUCUCACUUAGCUGGUCCAUUGCAUAAAAUGAUAUUACAGUCCAAUCUUAAUCCUGUCAAAAUUGCUUUGUACAUGAUAAAAAGCAAAGAGCUACUAGAAAAUGCCUCAAAGGUGGCUAGAGUGUUGGAUGUUAUUUGUGAAAAGGAAUUUAAAAAGAAUGAAGUAAAUGAAGUAUUAUCUGUAAAGAUGCAUUAUCUGGCGUCUGUGGUGAGAGCCUGCCAUGUAUGGAAUGUGGAAAAGUUGGAUGGAAUGGACGGAUUCGUUAAAAGUUUGUUGAAGGGGAGAGAAACUGAUGGCUUUCAACUUGCAAUGGAGAAGUUUAUCCGCGAAAUCAUCCGAGAAUAUCCUUAUCAUGAAUCGCAAUUAUUGCAACAAAUGGUGAGAAACAUUGCGCCAGUCAAACCAGGCGAUGAUCCAUCAGCUUUGUGCAUCUUAACACAAGGCAUCAACGGAAGUCAUGGUUUUAAAGAUGAGAACGUGUGUGCUACAUGUGGUGAUCAAAACUCAGAAAAGAAAUGCUCUGCUUGCAAGAUGGUUAAUUACUGUUGCCAAAAUUGUCAGAAACUUCACUGGUUUACACAUAAGAAGGUCUGUAAGACAUUUGCUGAACUUUACAAGAAACAGAAAGAAAUGGAAGAAAAAAUGAAGCAACUGGAGUUGGAGAGAGAAAAACAAAAGCUGGAAUCUGAGAAAGAAUCUAAGGAUGAGAAAGAUACAACUGAAGAUGAGAAGGAACCGAAUAAAGAGGAAGAAAUAAAACAAGAGACAGGAGAAGGUAGUGAUGAAUUGAAAGAAGUGAAAGACAUUUCAGGGGAUGUAUUAAAAGUAGAGGAUGUAGACUUGAAAGACCAAGAAAGUGGUGAUGAUCAGGAAAGAGACAGCAAUGAUAAAAAAGAAGUCAUCUCACCUGAAAGCUGAUGAAAAUGAAUAUGUACAAUCAUCUGAAUUAGUUUCUUUUUUUUUUCUGAUCAAAUCUUUAAUAUGUUUUAUUUGUAUUUGCUUAUAUAUUCUGUAAACAUAAUUGCAAAGAUUUAAGUCAGUAAUGUUGUAGCAGUAAACAUUUCAUUAGAAUCUCCAGAAAGGGAAUCACAAUAAAUGUCACUGGUAAGCUAGGGAGGCAAAGUGACUUUCACUGGGGUCCUAGGGAGUCACAGCAACUUUCAUAAAAUGUCAUCUCAAAUAAUUACCUCAAUUUACAUUGUAUCAAAUCAAGAAAAUUUAUAAUGGCGAGCAAGAAAAGGUUUACAGCAUAGCAGAAAAACUAUGCAAAAUAUUGUUUUUCUUCACUUAGUUUUGUGUUUGUUUUUUUAUUUUCUGUUAUGGAUCCCUGUUUUGUUUCAUGAUUAUUUUCUUACAAUUUUUUUUUCAUUUCUGCCAUUACCCCCCCCCCCUCCAAGUGGGAUGGUACACCCCUAAUCUUGUUAUCUUCUAAGAAGUGUUAAAGAGAGAGAGACCAACAAACCUUCAAAAAUGUAUUACUCAUCUUCUCUGUCUUUACCAUUUUUCUCUAAGUUUUGUAUUAUGUAUAUUCAGUAUUAGUAUACCAUUAUUCUAGAAUCGUCUAUCGACAGUAUACAUCAUAACAUUCCAUAAGUACAAGUUUGUUAUCAUCACUAGGGAGUGAUAUACCAUUUAUGUCGGAAAUAUACCCUGAAGGCUUCAGAAUUUAAAAAAAAUAAUAAACUUGAUUUUUUAAUAUUUCAAGAAUACUAUCCAUGUUUAAUAUAUGUUUAUUAGUACAUUUUAAAUUUCUAGUUUGAAUGCAGAUGACAGGUGUAAAUAUGUUAUUAUCAGCUUCUGAUUUCUAAACAUCAUACUCACUUAGUAUGUCAGAAUAUGUAUGUGAAACACUGUUUCUUGAAGGGCAUUAGUUGUUACGCCACGCAUGCACAAAAUAUAAUGGUCUUGUAUAAUAUACAUAUGACUGUUGCGCAUAUCAACGAGUACAAACUGAGAUGUUACCAAGCUUUAGUUAGGUAUUUUUUUUAAGUGAUUGGAAGGUAUCGAAGGAGUCAUCGGCGUAAAUUAGUGCAAGUCACACCAAAGUCAAACUCGUUCUUGUGAUUCCCAUUAGAAGAGUGCAUUGGAUUGUGGGAAAAUCAAUGUCACACAUGCACAGCAUGACAACCACUGCUCUUUAAUAUUCCAAGCAGAAAAAAUGUGUAUGUAUUCACAUAACAUGUCACCAACGAUUCUUUAUGUUGAUACAGUGCUGAAUUGAAGUGUGAUGCCAUUUACAUUAAAGGGCGGCAGUCGUCAUGUCGCGUCCGGUUUGAUAUAGGACUCAUAGCGACGUAUACAACACGUGUAAAAUACAUUGUUUAUUUACAUGAAAUUCGAACACACACUGCGUGACGACCACCGCGCUUUAAUGACAUAAUAAUCAAAAUGUUCAAGAAGACUGAAUUAAACCAUUUUAUUUCA